AUGGCACCCGCAACCAAUUCGAGGUCAAGCCCCGAAGGAAACAGUCCUCCAGCCAGCGAAACUGACGAUGCGCACCAACAAGGGACGGAGGAUGCCCCGUCACAAGGUGGCUUUUUGUUCGUCACUUCCACGGGCAAAAAGACGCAGAAGGAUCGCAAGCAGCUCAAAUCAAUGCGCGCUCACGUUAUGCGCAACUAUCUAGAACGAAGCCAUGCAGAGCAACAAGAAACGGAACCCAAGAAUUUCUCCGUCAUGUCAUUCGCAGGCACCAGGCUGCACACGGAGAGACAAAAGACUCCUAUGACCGGCGGGCAGAAGAUGAGAUUUAGAAUGCGAUCUGGUGAAUUAGAGCAAAGAUAUCCCUACCGAGAUCGGAAAGGUAAGAAGAAGGCCAACCCGCCGCCAGAAGAGGCGAGCAACGCAGCCGAAUCGGAUCUCUCAAAAGACAAGACAGAAUCAUUAGGAAACGCGCAGCAGAACGCAGCCGCCGAGUCAGGCUUCGUACCUGGCAUGCCUAUAACUUGGCUUGGAUCGCGAAACACCGAUGUUUUCGGCGUCUUACCGAUCCACCUGGACGAAGGGGAUGAAGCGAGGCUGUACCUGUUCCGCCACUAUGAAAGGUACCCGUGGUGUCCGAUCAACGGACAGAGCGAUUGGUCUGAAUUCGCCAUUAGCGACCAGCUGGUUUUUCAUGCCACCAUGUAUAGCUGGGGAGUGCACUUCCGUCACCGCCGACCGAUUCCGGAUUCGCAGGAAGAAAUGAAAACACUACAGCAUAAGUUGGCAGCUAUCUCAUUGAUCAACGACCGUCUGUCAGAUCCGCAACAAGCGGCCAGUGAUGAAACCAUCGCGGCCGUGUCGGCCCUGACCAAUAUUGCCCUCGUGAUGGAUUCAUACCCAGAGGCAAGCAAACACAUGGCGGGCAUGCAUGCCAUUGUCGAGCUGCGGGGCGGCAUGUCAUCCCUGCGUUCGGGCGUUCAACAACAUCUGCAACGCUUGAUUAGUUGGAACGAUCUGAUAUACUCGGAGGUCUUCGACGAGAAACUGCGCUUCCCACCAAUCGAGGUCUGGGAUGAAUCCUGGGCAGGCUUUCAGCAACGCAACUUUUCCAGGCCCUUGCCUGGCUUGAGUCGAGCAGAACUGAGGGCGGCUGGCGUUCCUCGUCACAAGGUCCUAGAUUUGCUGAACGACAUCCGGGAGCUUUGUCAUGCCGAGCAACUCAGCCCUCUACGCAGCACCACUGAAAGCGGAAGGAUGCGCCGCGGUGAUAUGUUCCAUCGCAUCGAAAGGAAAUUGAGACUUAUUGUCCAAGGAGACACGGCACCCGGGAACAACCGCUGGGACGCCACGGUUUGGCGUUCAGUGUCUCUGGCGGCGUUGCUCUUCACCCAUCACCACUUACGAGGUAAUCCUCUCAAGUACCGCCAUUUCAACGUCUUGACAACGCAACUCUACGACACGCUUUUGACCAUGGACGAGGACCUCAGGGAGCUGGACUUUGCUCCGGCCAUGUUGAUAUGGAUUCUGUCGACAGGAGCGGUGACCAGUGCGCUGGCAGCAAUUCAUGCCUCGUACGUGUUUAUGCUUGGGAAGGCAUGCCGCAGACAUGGGUUGCUAGACUAUGAUCGGUACCGAGAGACGCUGGCCCAGUUUCUGUGGACGGGGCAGGCGGACCAGUCGAGAUACCACUCACUGUGGCUGGAGCUGGAGCCUAGUAUGCGAACGAUGGCGGGGCCAUCGUAUCAGCAGUAUAUACUUGAAAUCUGA